AUGGCUUUCUUCGGCACGGUGCUCAACACCAUUGGCGCAUUGUUCCUUACACAUGCUAUCUACUCCGCCCACGAGCACACCACAGCCUUCGCCAAUACCCCGCUUCCCCUCGACAUCACCCUUGAGCUCCUCGUCGGUGUCAUCAUCCUCUCUACCGGCAUUGUAAUAUCUGCCGAUAAGCUAAAGCCAAUCCAAUACGCCAAGUGGGCAGGCCAGAUCUCUCAGGAGGGCAGGCAUGGAGAGGGCAAGUACACAAGAGAAGGAGAGGAGAUCCUGAGCGAGGGAGAUCCUUACGCCUUCCUAGGGCUUGAUGGCGGUAUUGGUGGGAAGGGUGAAGGUAGGCGGGGCUUUUUCGAUGUCAAGGGCAAGAGGAAGGAGUAUGAUGAGUGGGUGCGCGGAAAGCAGUAG